GGGCCCGAAAUGAUACGCUUUCAUGGGGCCCAAAAUCUCUAACAGCACUCCUGGUACGAGCACUUCUUGAAAAUUUGUUACAUUGGUAGAAAUGGUCAAUGUCAAUGGAUAAUUUAGUUAGGACUCUGUGCCUGUAAUUGGCAGGUUGCCGAUCCUGUGAUGGGUUAAGUGUUUUUCCCCCCUGGGCCCUUAAGCAAUAGUCUUAACCCUAGUUUCACCAAGGAGUGGCUGAUCAUGCUUUCUAAAUUGUCACUUUGGAUUAAACCAUCUGGUAAAGAAAGGUAUUUAUUAUUUGUUGUUAAAUGCAAUUUGCAUUUGAAUGGAUGAGGAAAAUACUAUGCAUUCAUUGAACAGGUCAGGAAGUUGGUGUUUGGAAAAUGGGAGGCAGCAGCAGUACUGAACCCCCAGGAGAAAGAAAACUGUGCAGCGAGUGGUGAAGCAGGAGACGAAACCAACAAUCCUUGACAAACCAUGGAGGAAUAUUGAUUGGGAUGACAGUACAAGAAACUGUCUCAAGACGUUGGUGAAAGAAUACACACCCAUUAUUAAGUCGGUACCUCAGGCUCGGAUUCUUCUGGUUGGUGAUGUUGGUGCUGGAAAAUCAAGCUUCUUCAAUUCCAUCAGCUCUGUCUUCUGUGGCACCAUGACAAGCCAAGCCAAUGCAGGACCCAAUCCCACCAGCCUGACCCUGAAGUAUCGCACUUACAAGGUGAGGGAUGGCCGAGGUGGACAGCCUCUCUCAUUCCUCCUGUGUGACACUAUGGGAUUGGAAGCAAAUAAAGUGGGACAGGAAAAUGAAAAUAAAAAUGCAGGGGUGCACAUUGAAGAUAUUGACAGCAUCCUGAAGGGCUACAUACCGGAUGGGUACCAGUUUAACCCUGAAACACCAUGGAGCCAAGAUGGUGAUCAAACUCACAUUCCACCACUUCAGGAGAGAAUCCACUGUGUGGUGUUUGUGGUGAACGCCUCAAAACUUCCACUUAUGAAUUCAGACAAAGACAAAAAUAAAUUCAUUCAAAUCAAGAACAAAGCUAACCAGCUGGACGUCCCUCUAAUGGUUCUACUGACCAUGUUGGACAUAGUGUGCCCAGACGUGGAAAAGGACUUGAAGAACGUGUACUGGAGUACCUACUUAAAGGAGAAGAUCGAAAAAGCAAGUCAAUUACUGGGCAUCCAAGUGUCAAGUGUGUUUCCAGUGAAGAAUUACUGCCGCGAGGAUAAGCUGGACAUGUGCUGUGACAUCCUGCUUCUCACCGCAAUGCAGAAAAUGCUACACUUAUCUGACGAUUUCUUUGCUAAUUUUGAGUAAGACACAGAGUGAGAGAUGGAUUUAAAUUUGUCUUUUCACUCAGGCAUAUAUGAUGUAAGGAAUAAUUGACU